AUGUUCUCGACCAACUUGAUCUUAGCCGGCAUUCUCGCCGCAGGUCUUGCAUCCGCCGAUGUCCCGCUCUUCGCGCAUCACGAUGCCACCUACUCGUUGGCAGGACCUGUCGGAGUCUCCAGCACUCGCGGAGCCUCACGUCAAGUCGACACCGACGUACCAGACGGAGCACCGACGUACCAGACGGAGCCGACUUACCAGAUGAUGCCUAACUUCGACACCGCCGGGUCCCCGUCGCCCGCUUCACAGUGCAACAAUAUCGGUGGCGAUGGCGGUGCCCCAGUUGAGAACGGUGCCCAGUUGCUGGAUCUUGAUGUGAUCGUGUCCAUAGGCGCGGACAGCGUCCGAGCGUGUUGCAACGCGUGUGCGAACACCAAUCUCUGCAUUGCGUUCAACUUCCAACCACUACUGGUAACCAAUGUGUGCGUGCUGGCACGCUCGAGAGACGGCAUAGUCGGGGGUCAGCCGGGUAGCCCCGUCACAUCAAAUGGUCUUUUGAACUUGGAUGCUAUUGUGAAUCUGUGA